UUAGUCCUCGUCCCUCAUCCUCUCCCCCCUUCAGUCUGCAUGAUCCUGGUCUCCCUCUGAGCCCUGGGGACCUGGUAUUGAUCGGAGCUGUGUAGGUAGUGAUUGGACAUGAGUGGAUAAUUUCCUUUGCUGCAUUAGAGUCCAUUACUGGACUCGCUCUCCGGAAAGUGAAAGACAUCCUCAAAAGAAAAAAAAACACAGCGAAUGUUCUUGGAAAUGGAUUCUUCUCACAGAAAUGAUUUAACGUCUGAGGAUCCUCCAAGUUUCUCUUCAGGUUUGGAGACGAUGACGGAGAGAAGCGGCGUGGAGAUUCCUGCUGAAACGCCUCAUUUAGCCAAACCCAGCUGGUUUCUCACAUUUAUUCAGGGGAAACUGGCCAGGAAUGAUGACAGACUUUAAUUCAGGGAUCCCAUGAGAUGAACCAGAACACAGCAUGGUCAAGAAAUGUAUUUAAGAAUGCAACUCCCCCCGUUAAAACACAAAUUAACUGUUGACUUUGCUUUGGAGGCCGAUGUUACUAACACAAGAAGAAGAAAUUAUUUGGUCUAAUUAGACUUUUUCACCUGCUCAUGUAACUGUUCUGACAUAAAUACUGAGAAAUUGUUUCUUGUGAUAAACAGGAAAACUAGUCAUUUAAAAUCUGAUGAGUCUGGAAAGAUGGAUGAUUUCCAGAUUUAAUUCUCCUUCCAGGUUUGUGUUUUUGUUUCCAUCCAAUCAGCUUCAAGUCUUUAUUUAAAGAACUCAGAGCAACAACAGGAACCCAGAGCAGGAACAUCCGGCUGUCUGAGCUUACAGGGUUCGGUUUGUGGGAGCCUUAGAUUCAUAGCUGGCUUUUAAAAAUGUCCAGAAAAUGACUGAGAACCCAACUUUGACCUGCAGGUACCGACGGCAGGAAAACUUGGAAAUUUGAACUUUUUUGUACUUUUUGAGGUGAAUGGUGAAUUACAGUCGUGCCUAGAUGUCAUCAUUCACAUACAGAAAAUGCUCACUACAUUUUGCCAUAUUCUGGCGCCCCCUCUAGGGCAGCGCCCCUGUGGGUUUACCCAUUUUUAUCACAACACAGUCACUUCCAAUAACUUCCAGAAACUCCUGAAUUUAUGGCCAUGAAUGAUUCUGUAUUUAAUUAUUCGGGUCUUAUCUCCUCCGCUGGAUGAAAGCUGGUUUGUUUUGAGCUCCUGCUGAUGAUGAGGAUGAUGAUGACAGCAUCUGCGCGCCUGCAGGUGAUUCCUUUAAGUCCAGGGGGAGGAAGAGGAGGAGGAGGAGGAGGAGGAGGAGGAGGAGGAGGAGGAGGCAUCUAUGCAAUUUUAUUUUGACUUUGCAUUUUAUUAUGAGCGCAGAGGAGGGAGAUGCGGGACCGGCGUGCGGGGAGGCGGCGGGAGCUCCGGCCGCCCAGCAGCGCCUCACCUGGGAGGAGAGCGACCCGCUCGGCUCCCAAGGACGUCCGCAGCCCGACGGCGAGGAGGAGCCGCAGCCGGGAGAGGAUGAGGAGGAGGAAGAGGAGGCAGAGGGCCGCGCGCGUGCGGCUGACGCCGAGAAAAUCAGCGGGGAGGAAAAUGGGGGCAACACUUCCAGCGAGGAGGGGGCGGUGGGGGGCAGAUGUGGCAAAACGCAGGCGAUGCCUUCAACCUGCAGCAGCGAGACGUGCAUCCCGACCCCGAGCUGCAGGAUCUGCUUCCAGGGAGCCGAACAGGGUGACCUGUUGAACCCGUGCCGCUGUGACGGCUCGGUCCGCUACACCCACCAGCAGUGUCUGCUGAAGUGGAUCAGUGAGCGCGGCUGCUGGACCUGUGAGCUCUGCUGCUACCGCUUCCAGGUCAUCGCCAUCAACAUGAAGAGACCGUGGCAGUGGCAGCCCAUCACCAUCACGCUGGUGGAGAAGGUGCAGAUCAUCGCCGUGUUCCUGGGCUCGCUCUUCCUGGUGGCCAGCAUCUCCUGGCUGCUCUGGUCGGCUCUCAGCCCGCAGGCCGUCUGGCAGCGCCGGGACGUCCUCUUCCAGAUCUGCUACGGCAUGUACGGCUUCAUGGACCUGGUCUGCGUAGGCCUGAUUGUCCACGAGGGGGCAGCAGUGUACAACGUGUUCAUGCGCUGGCGGGCCGUGAACCUCCACUGGGACGUCCAGAGUUACGACAAGGCCAAGGACAUGGAGGAGACGAGCACCGGCCACUCCUCGCUGGGCCCCAGGACGCUCUGGUUGCCCCUGGCAACCUUCGGGCCCAGCGGGCCGCUACACCCCACCCAGCUCGGGUCACGGCCGUGGACCUGCCUCUGUCUGGCCCCGUUCUGCCCCGGGCUGGUGCCCGGAAACAGCCUGAGUCAGGACGCCGACUCGGGGGAGGUGGUCAUCCGCGUGACGUCGGUCUGAGCCUCGGCAGGUGAAACUUUACCUGAACGUUCAUCCGCGUGACGUCGGCCUGACAGUUCAUCCGCGUGACGUCGGCCUGGGCCUCUGCAGGUGAAACUGUAGUCUGAACGUUCCUGCAUUUAUUGGUUGCUGCUUUUCCGGUGUUUCUGAUGAGUUGGGCUUGGUGUUUGUCUCCGGGGCCGGUCCCCAAACCAACCUCAGCCAGAUAAAGAUGGAUGUGUUCGGUUGGCAUUGUGACGUAGUCCUCUCAUCCAUCAUGAACAGUUUACAUGGUAGCAUCUAAGACCAAACUGUUGUGUUACAUCCGGGUUCUCUGGUACUUUAACGCUGCAUCAGGAAGGUCAUUUCAGUCCAACUGCAGCAGAUAUCAGUCACUGUCCUACAGUCAUGCUGGUACUUUAGGAUUUAAAUGUUAAACACCAGAAAAAGGUUGAAAAAGUUUAGUGCCAAGAAGUUUUGUCAGAGGGAUUCGUUGGCUCGAAUUCAGACUUUAAGCACUGUGAGCAGAAUGACGUCACACCAGAAACUCAUUAUUUCUUCUUCUCUGAGGAAACGACUUCCUGUUCUGGUUCUUGGGUUUCACCUGUCAGGACGUAAUAAAAAUGUUUCUUUUGCUCAGAUUUGUAAAGGCACAAUUUGGAGUUUGGUCUUUGACUAGGCCACUGCAAAACUUUUAUUGCUGUUUUUUUGGGAUUAUUGUCCUACUGAUGAGUUUCAGCUGUCGGAUAAAUGGCCUCACAUUUGACGCCUUAAUACUUUGUUACACAGAGGAGUCAUGGUUGACUCAGCAGCUCCUAAACAAUCCCAUAUCAUCAUUCUUCCUCCACCAUGCUCAACAGUUGGUAUGAGAUGUUUGUGCUAAUAUUCCAGGUCCAAACAUCAUCACUUACUGUUCGAUCAACGUUGUUCCUGAAGACUUAAAGUGCCGGUAUCGUGUUUUCCAGGCUCAUGGUGCCAUUUUAUAGCACAAUCACAUAUUACCUUUAUUUGUAAUGAAAAUGCUGACUUUGCAAUUUAACUCCUUGAAAUUGGCCUCUGUCUCUUUAAGAAGCUCCUACUCUUUCCAGGACUGCGCUUUCAGGGCUUCAUCACAGCAACGCUCCUCCAUUUUGCUGUUUAUAACCAUUCCACCAGGUGUUUGCUAACAGCUACUACUGCUAGUCUGGAGGAGCAGCGUGGGGAAGCUCCAAGGAGGUUUGUGGGAAAAGACGAAAAAAACUUGAGGUUUUAGGCACACUGAAUGGUUGCUAUGGGGAUUAAAGGAUUUCUCAAACAUG